GCCCGGUCUCUAUGGCAACCUGGGGUGCAAGGGGAGGGCCCUCCGAGCUCUCAUGAGCAGGUGGUAGGAACCACUGAGUGAGGACAGGAAAAAGAGGCUUCCUGGUCCAGAGGACCCCUUGCCAGUUCUCCCCUGGCAGAGCCCCUCCCCACACUACUCGGUUCUAAAGCGUCUCCCCCAUCCCAGCGCGCAGAGUGGGACCCAGCUGACAUGACGGUCUCAGGCUCGGAUCUCCAGGCCUGCCUCUAUUCCCAGGACAGCUGCUCCCCUCCCCACCUUGGAGAGUCUGUCCGACUUCCGGGACCCUAGCAUCCAGGUGUCCCUUAUCCUGCACAGGGGGUAGGGUCUGGUGGGCUUGCUCAGGUCCAAGAGGGCAGAGUAUGGACCUUGUCCCCAAGGAUCGGGGACAACAAUCGGCUGUGACGUUUGCACCUGGGGAGUGGGGGUGGGGAGAGAGAAUCAGGUUGAAGUGCAGAGAUCAGGCUCUUCUCUAAGACUGGGGCACGGAGGCUCUGGGUAAGUGGGGUGGGAGGCACCUGCGGGGGCAGAGGGCUUUGGGAGUGUGGGUGGCAGCCGGUGGGUCUCUGUGAUCCAGCCACCCCCUGGCCUUUGCAGCAGACAAGCGUGUCUUCUCCGCUCCUGCAUGAGUUUUCCCUGAAAUGCACCUCCCAGAAGACACACGGUCCACAGACACAGGACAGAAGCGCUGGUUUGGAAACACCCUUGAAAGCAGAGGACCUGCCUCUGCCCUGCGCUCCCUCCCCCACUGUCUGGCAUCCCGCUCCGCGGCUCCUACCUGGGUGCUCCCGAGUUAAAUGGCCGAUAAGCAGAUCAGCCUGCCAGCCAAGCUCAUCAAUGGCGGCAUCGCCGGCCUGAUCGGGGUCACCUGCGUGUUCCCCAUCGACCUGGCCAAGACGAGGCUACAGAACCAGCAGAAUGGCCAGCGCAUGUACACCAGCAUGUCCGACUGCCUCAUCAAGACCAUCCGCUCAGAGGGCUACUUUGGGAUGUACCGCGGAGCUGCUGUGAACCUGACCCUCGUCACCCCCGAGAAGGCCAUCAAGCUGGCAGCCAAUGACUUCUUCCGAUACCAGCUCUCCAAGGACGGGCAGAAGUUGACCCUGAUUAAGGAGAUGCUGGCGGGCUGUGGGGCGGGCACCUGCCAGGUGAUCGUGACCACCCCCAUGGAGAUGCUGAAGAUCCAGCUCCAGGACGCGGGCCGCCUCGCUGCCCAAAGGAAGAUCCUGUCUGCCCAGGCCCAGCUCUCGGGCCAGGGGAGUGCCCAGCCCUCGGUGGAGGCUCCAGCCACGCCCCGCCCCACAGCCACGCAGCUGACCCGGGACCUGCUGCGGAGCCGCGGCAUUGCUGGCCUCUACAAGGGCCUGGGGGCCACGCUGCUCAGGGACGUCCCCUUCUCCAUCGUCUACUUCCCCCUCUUCGCCAACCUGAACGAGCUGGGCCGGCCAGCAUCCGGGGAGAAGUCGCCUUUCUACGUGUCCUUCCUGGCCGGCUGCGUGGCUGGGAGUGCGGCCGCCGUGGCCGUCAACCCCUGUGAUGUGGUGAAGACCCGGCUCCAGUCGCUGCAGCGUGGCAUCAACGAGGACACCUACUCGGGAUUCCUGGACUGUGCCAGGAAGAUCCUGCGGAACGAGGGCCCCUCCGCCUUCCUGAAGGGCGCUUACUGCCGCGCCCUGGUCAUUGCCCCGCUGUUCGGCAUCGCUCAAGUGGUCUACUUCCUGGGCAUCGCUGAGACCCUGCUGGGGCUGCCACGCGUCCAGCCCUGAGCCUGGCACCCGCCCCUCGCCCUCCAGUCGAGCAGGACCAGAGCGGGGCCCAAGGCAGGCAGCCCCCCCAGCGGGGAAAGCACGAGAGUCUCUCCCCACCCGGAUGGGUGGGGGUGGGGAGAGGGGGAGUGCAGGUGUGUACACACGUGCCUGGUGGGGUCCUGCCUACACAACCCCCGGGAUCAAUGUCUUACAUACUUAGAAAAGGCCGAAACCAUUACAUUCCUGGAGCCAGCCCUGCCCACCUUUGCCCCAGUCUGAACAACCCCCAGGGAUAGAGCUGGUCUCUGGACUGGGGGCCCCCAGCCUGGGCUGGGCAAGCUGGACCCUCCCCUCCAGUUUACCAGCUCCUGUCCCCGAGGCUUGGCCCCUAGCCCACAGAGGGGACCCCACACAAACCUAUUUAUUAACUUGCCGAGCACAAGCGGCUCUGUCCACCCCUCCGUCUGUCCGUCCAGCCUCCCCCGCUGCUGUUCUCUUGCCUUGGCCAGCCUUGCAGGAGGAUCGGGCUCUCCUGCCCCCCAUAUUGAGCCAGGAAUCCUAGACUGGGGGUGGCCCUGAGUGCUGACUCCCAGGACAGGUCCCCCGCCCCCACUGUGGGACCCAGCCCAUGUGAGGUGUGUGUGUGUGUGAGAGAGAGAAUGUUGGGGGCAGGCUGUGGGGUCUCCAGCCGUCCCCAUGUGGCCAGGCAGUGUGUGUGGAGGAGCGUGUGAGUGCGUGGGUGUGUGCCCUUGACUCCCCAGUGACCCCGUCCAGGAAUCCGUCUCCACCCGCCCCUACUUCUGAAGCCACGCCCCCUCCAGGACCGGGUGGGCCAGGGGGAGGGCAGGCAUGAGGACCAGUGUGGAGCCCGGGAGCAUCUUCUUCUGGGGGGCACCAGGAGCUGCCCCUCCCGUCUUCCCCGGGCCUAGCCUGCCCUCCGGGCCUCUGCUUAAGGCUCCUGACCACACUUAGUAAAGCUCCGCCCUCGAUGUUGUGAACUGAGGCAGCUCUUCCAGACCUGCCCCGCCCCCAGCCACGUGGUCGUGUUGGUGAUUGAUCUGAUGUGGCGGUGCUGUGUCCCCCACCCCCGGGCCCCUCCCCGGAGGCCCCUUCCCAGUGACACUACCUGGGGCUCAGGCCUGGGCCCCCCAGUUCACGGUUGUUCCUGGGAGCUGCUCUCUCCCGUCACAUCUGUACCUUGGAAGCUGCUGCUGCUGCUUACAGAAUUAUAUAUUUUUUCCUUUGAAGAGUUUUAAGAAGUUGUAACUUUUUGUGUCUUGUCCUGUAAGAAGAUAAAUAAAUAUUCUAAGUAGA